GCUAGAUAGGCAGUGCAUAUGAAAAAUGGAUUCGUCGCUCCACACUGAGGCAGCUACAGGCCAAGAAGGCAAGGCCGGCAGCAGCUACACCACCGCAGCCACUGCUCAUCAAAUAGACACAGAUUCAUGGCAGCAGGUUGGGGUGCUGCUGGUGGUGGGCUUCAACUGCGCCUACGUGCUCAGCUUCUCCAACCUGAUGAUGGCGCCGCUGGGCUGGGGCUGGGGCAUCACCUGCCUGCUCUUCGUCGGCGCCGCCGCCUGGUACGCCAACUGGCUCCUCGCCGGCCUCCAUGUCAUCGACGGCCAAAGGUUCAUCCGCUACAGGGACCUCAUGGGCUUCGUUUUCGGGAGGAAAAUGUACUACAUCACUUGGUUCCUACAGUUCAUCAACCUUCUUCUAGGGAACAUGGGCUUCAUUCUCCUAGGUGGGAGAGCACUCAAGGCGAUACACGGGGAGUUCAGCGGCGGCCACUCCCCGGCGAGGCUCCAGUGGUUCAUCGCCGCGACCGGCGUCGUCUACUUCGCCUUCGCCUACUUCGUGCCGACGAUCUCCGCCAUGAGGAACUGGCUGGCCACGUCCGCCGCACUGACGAUCGCCUACGACGUCGCCCUCCUGGCAAUCCUAAUCAAAGAUGGGAAAUCGAACAGGCAGAAGGAUUACAAUGUCCAUGGCACCCAGGCGGAGAAGGUGUUCUGCGCGUUCGGCGCCAUCGCCGCCAUCCUCGUCUGCAACACCUCCGGCCUGCUCCCGGAGAUACAGUCGACGCUGCGGAAGCCGGUGGUGAGGAACAUGCGGCGGGGGCUGCUGCUGCAGUACACGGUGGGUGCGGCGGUGUACUACGGGAUCAGCGUGGCCGGCUACUGGGCGUACGGCGCCGCCGUGUCGGAAUACCUCCCCAGCCAGCUGAGCGGGCCGAGCUGGGCCACCGUCCUCAUCAACGCCACCGCCUUCCUCCAGAGCAUCGUCUCGCAGCACCUGUUCACGGUGCCGGUCCACGAGGCGCUGGACACGCAGAUGCAGAGGCUGGAGGAGGGGAUGUUCUCGCGGUACAACCUCGGGCGGCGGCUGCUGGCGAGGGGCCUCGUCUUCGGAGCCAACGCCUUCGUCACCGCGCUCUUCCCCUUCAUGGGCGACUUCGUCAACCUCUUCGGCUCCUUCGUCCUCUUCCCCCUCACAUUCAUCUUCCCCAGCAUGCUCGUCCUCAAGAUCAAAGGGGAGUGUGAAGGGAGAUGGAGCAGGGUCUGGCACUGGGGCAUCAUCGUCCUCUCCUCCCUUCUCAGCGUCGCCACCACCGCGGCCGCCGUCCGUCUCAUCGCCCACAACGCCAGCGUUUACCACUUCUUCGCGGACAUGUGAGCAAUGCAUGGCGGAGAGUGCCAUUUGCAAAGGAUUAUCAUCUUUGAUGAACUCCAUUGGGCUUCGCCAAUGCUAGGCUAUUAGUACAUUUGACGCCGAUAAUAUGGAGGUGACAGUUGGGUGGUCGGCGAAAAAAAUCAAACGAUAUGUUUGCAACGAAAAAUGAUUUGUGAGCAAAAACGACUAAAAUCAGUAGGGUUGAAAGUUCAAAUUUUAGGUUAUAAGCAUGAGUAAAAGUGACCAGUCUGAAUGCUAUUGUUAACGAGGAUGGAAUGCA